AGGUCUUAACCAUACAAACCGCCGUUAAACUCCAUAGAAGGAGGUCUCAACCAUACAGAAAAGCAACAGCUAUAGACCAGCACCCCUAUCAUACAUUUAUUUUGACAGUGUGCACAUCCUGCACAGACUUAUUCUGCAAUAACUGACAGUAUCUGUUGGUGUUUGGUUUUGGUCCUAAAUCAGCAGCUAUGGAUUUGGUGUGGCUGGUGUGUUUGGCUGUGAGCUUCGGAACCGGGUUCGCUWCUGCAGAGAGACACAGCGUCUUCUGGAAUAGUACAAACCCAAAUUUCCUAUGGGAUGAGUACACAGUGGAGGUGAAAAUCAACGACUACCUGGACAUCAUCUGUCCUCACUACACGCGCGGGGAGCUGCCGUCCCAGGAGGCRGAGCGGUACGUGCUGUACAUGGUGGAGAAGGAGGARUAUGAGGUGUGUAAGCCCCACUCCUUCGACCAGCUGCGUUGGGAAUGUUCCCGACCCUUCGCUGCCCACGCCCCCGAGAGGUUCUCCGAGAAGUUCCAGCGCUUCACCCCCUUCACCCUGGGCAAGGAGUUCAGACAUGGAGAGAGCUACUACUAUAUCUCCAAGCCGCUGCAUCACCACGGCCAGGAGUGUCUGAGGCUGAAGGUGGAUGUGGUUGGACCUCAUGGUUCUGGGAAGGCCAAGYCUGACAAAGUCAAGGAUGGAGRGAUGGAGAAAGCGAUGGAUGGAGGAAAGGGAAAGAUAGGAGCAGGAGGAGUGCACAACCCCUCCAACAGGCUUCCAGCCGAUGACCCUACUGUGUUGGAGCCUAAGGUCCAGAAGAGUGUGGGUAGUUCAGGUGUUCAGCUGGUCUCCCUGUCGGUCUUCUUCACCCUGUUCCCCGUCCUACUAUCCCUGUUGCUAUAUUGAGACUGAGUUACAGACCUAGCUACAACAGAGACACUGUCAACCCAAUGCUGGACAUUGGCACAGAGAAGAUUUUUAUAGAUAUUUUUAUAUUUGCAACUGGACUGAGCUGCUGCAUGUGUGUGUGUGUGUGUGUGUGUGUGUGUGUGUGUGUGUGUGAUUGGAACGUGGAUCGUUCCAGAGACAAUGAUCUUCAAGAGUAUUUUCUGAAGGAUAUUUUUCUACAUGUUUUUGUAAAUGAAAGAGGAUGGAUGCUAUUUCCCUUUUCACUCCAUUUGAUCUGUAUGGAGACCUGGAAACCCCACUGACUCUGGAACAGAUCUAACUGGAAACGUGAUGUACUAAUCAUUAUUAGAAAACUGACAAAGGGAUAACUGUUUUCAUGAUUACCCUGAAUUGAUUUGUAACAGUGAUUAUACACUGAGUGUAAAAAAACAUGAUCAAUACCUUCCUAAUAUUGAGUUGCACCCCCUUUUGCCCUCAGAACA